GAGGAACACGCAUUGCGCAUGCAGCGUGGGCGACGGAUUCAGCAUCAUAUCAGUAGAUGAUUUCUCAACCGCCGCCAUCAAUCAUCCUUCUGCUAGUCUAGCAUCCUCGUACAAUGUCCUUCGGCCGAUAGCUGGCAAUCAUUGCCCAUCAACCCCAUCGAAAGUCUUCCGAGUUCUCGUCUUACAGUACCGUUCGCUCACCAUGUUUGUUCCACGCCCCCUGCGACGGAGUCAGCGACCAACUUCUCUUCUUUCCCUCUUCUCUCUCCUCCUCAUCACUACAUCUGUCUCAGCUCAUGGCGGCCACACGGACAAGAUCCCCGAAGGAGAAGCCGUCUCUCCCGAUCCCCUGGACAGCCGACUAUGGGUUCACAUACUGCUCAUGAUCGUUUCCUUCGGCAUGAUAUUUCCCUACGGCAUGGUUUUGGGUAUCAUUAAGAGUCGGUGGCAUGUCCCUCUACAAAUCGUGGGCACGGUCAUCGCUACCGUUGCGUAUUUCCUGGGACACAUGCAUAAAGGGCGACAAUUUCGCCACCCGAACAUCCACGCGAGUUUUGCCAAUAGCUUGGUGUUGAUGCUUCUCAUUCAGGUCGGGCUAGGUGUAGGCUUGAAACUACAUCUCGAGGAGAAGAAGGGAUGGAUUGGACGGGUGUUUGGCGGGAAAGUCGGAAGAGGUGGUCGGAGAGGUGUGGUCAUGAUCCACGGCUGGUUGGGCAAGCUUAUGCCCAUUGUCGCCUGGGCGCAGAUGCUUUUUGGGGGCAUUGUCGCCAUGGGAUACUGUCGCGGUGACCAUCUGGGACAGUGUUUGGCGCAUUUCAUCAUGGGGUCGGCGUUCAUUGCGUACGGGGUCAUCAUGACGCUCCUCUUGCUCGUGGGCCAGGCGUGGCUGAGAAGGACGGGCAGAAGCCAGGAGUUUUUCGACAGUUGCGUGAUCGCGGCAUGGGGCUGUGUCAACACGUUCACCGAACACCGCUGGGGUCAUCCGUGGGUCAAGAACGAUUUGCAACACACGAGCAUGGGGAUUGUGUGGUGGUGCGCUGGCUUGCUGGGUGUUUGGUUGUCGAGAUCGAGGAAUGGAAGACCAAAAAGGAAUAUCCUUCCUGGUCUGGUAAUCCUCCUGACAGGUUGGGCCAUGAGCGCCCACCCCCAAGAUCUGCCUCUGAGCACCAUGGUGCAUACGGUGUUCGGAUACACCUUGAUGGCUGCAGGCGCGGCCCGAAUCGUUGAAAUAUCCUUCUUGCUCAAGGACAGCCGUGGCGCAGGCGAGGUCAAUAGCUGGCAGCAUCUGCCUCCAUUCCUCCUCUAUGCCUCCGGCUUCCUCUUCAUGGGGGCGACCGAGGAACAAAUGCACCUCCUCUCCGACGCUGAAGUCACGCAUGUCUCAUACAUCCUGAUCCUCUACAGCAUCGCCUUCUUACUCUAUCUAUUCGUGAAUAUCCUGCUGUACGUCUACGCGAGUCACGCGUGGCCGGACGACGAGAGCAACGGCCUCCGCUCUUCCUAUGGUCCAGGCAGCUCUGAUUCCGGGCGGAGUUUGAGCGUGGCAGGGCCCAGCGGUCCUGGUGGGCACCAUGCACGGAAAAUGUCCACCCUCGCGAGUGUCGGCAUGAAUGGAGAGGCCAAUGGCCCCGCGAACGGGAGCGCGAGGUUGCCCCGGCACAGAGGCACCGCGAGCCAGCAGGUCCGGGACGCCGAGGAGUUUGAGCUCGAAGGGCUGAUCAGUGACGAUGGCGAGGAUGAUGUCGAGAGUCCUCACGCGGGAAAGAAGGAAGGGGCUGUCGCGUUGGCUUAAUGGCUACUACCAGAGUCAUAAUCACCCACCUUCGAGGGGGAGGGCACUAUUGUGCCGGAAGGACGAUUGUGGUCAUAGCGAACACCGGCGCACGGAUUGGAAUGGAUAUACAGGUCUCGGGCGCGGAAGCAGGUACAUAAAAUGCAAGUUAGACAACUAUGAUGAUUUGCACUCUCAGUGGGCACGUAAUCGAAGGGGGAACGCUUCGUUCAUGAUGAGCGUGCAAGGAUCGCCCCAUGGAUGGAUGGAUUGAACGGUGGAUGCAAAGUCGGCCUUCGGUCGACCGUCUCGGGAUUAAUCUACAUGCUUCUCGUCUCCGUCGUCGGACUUGCUAUGA